CUUUCAUUGGUUUUUGGUCAAACUUGAGUGGCUCAAUCAAUUGACCACACAAAGAUCAGCAUAUAAACAUGCGAGUUUCUCUUCAUUUGGAAAUUUUGCUCUUAUCUCUCUUAUCAAACUUAGUGUAAAAAAAAAAGAAAAAAAUGGUUUUGGUGGAGAACAAGCAAGUGGUAUUGAAAGACUUCGUAGAUGGGAUUCCAAAGGAAAACGACAUGGAAAUCAAGAUUGGGAAGAUUGAUCUUCUUCACCCUCCAAAUGAUGAUGAUAACAAUAAGGGGUUCAUAUUGGUGAAGAAUCUUUACCUUUCUUGUGAUCCUUACAUGAGAGGUCGUAUGCGUAACUUCCAUGGUUCUCACCUUCCUCCAUAUGUUCCUGGUCAGGCACUUGAAGGUUUUGGUGUGGCCAAGGUUGUGAGUUCUAGUGAUCCAGACUUCAAGCCCGGGGACUUCGUCUCUGGUGUUACUGGAUGGGAAGAAUACAGCUUCAUUCGCAAAAAUGAACAGCUGAGAAAAUUUGUUCCAGAUGAUGACAUUCCUCUAUCAUUUCAUUUGGGCCUUCUUGGUAUGCCGGGUUUUACUGCCUAUGCGGGUUUCUUUGAAGUGUGCUCCCCUAAGAAAGGCGAGACUGUUUUCGUUUCUGCAGCUUCAGGUGCUGUUGGUCAGCUUGUUGGCCAACUUGCUAAAUUGCAUGGUUGCUAUGUAGUUGGAAGUGCUGGUUCAAACAAGAAAGUUGAUCUGUUGAAGAAUAAGCUUGGCUUUGACGAAGCUUUUAACUACAAGGAUGAACCGGACUUGGAGGCAGCUUUAAAGAGGUACUUCCCACAAGGCAUCGACAUCUACUUCGACAAUGUGGGAGGGGAAACACUCGAUGCAGUGCUCGCAAACAUGAGGAUUUUCGGUAGAAUUGCGGCUUGUGGAAUGGUGUCUCUAGCCAGCCUCUCUGGUCCGCAGCAAAUGCGCAACUUAUACCAUAUCAUACCAAAACGUAUCAGGAUACAGGGAUUUCUACAAAGUGAUUACUUGAACUUAUUUCCACGUUUCGUUGAAUAUGUGACUAGUUACUACAAGCAAGGAAAAAUUGUUUACAUUGAAGACACAAAUGAAGGCUUGGAAAGUGGUCCAUCUUCUCUUGCUGGCUUAUUUUCUGGGAAAAAUGUUGGUAAGCAGAUCAUUCGUGUGGCCCAUCAAUGAGUUUCAUUCGCUUGGCCCAUCAAUGAGUUUCUGCUUUGAGAUGAUUAUGUACACUCUUAAACACUUGCAAACAGGGACAAAGCCACAAAAAAUUUUCAAAGGAUAUUAUUAAACCUAAAUUUUGAAUGGAAUAAAAUGAAGUUCAUUUUACCCUU